AUGUUUUCCUUGUUGUCACGUCUUCUCAUGAAUGCUUCCCAGUCGGUGGAGUCAAAGAACGCUUUUAGCUCACAUUCAGUGACUGUUGUACAGAAACUCGUUAUUCCUAACUGUGUGUGGCAGGCAGGAAGGUAAAUUCAUAUUGAAUGUUGCUGAAUAGGUGUGCUGUAUUUAAUGCACCUUUUUAAACAGGACUUUUGACAAUGCCAAAUGUUUGUUACAAUUUGAGCAACAAUGUGAACGAACUUCUUUUACUUCCAGAACUGCUGCCGCUGUCCGUUCUGCAGCCAUCUCUUGUCUCUGGGCGUUACUAAACUCUAAUUUGUUAUCUUCUCAAUAUGCCGCGCAAGUAAUGAAGGAUCUUCUCACUCAGGUAUUGCAAAUCCACACUUGAACUCUGAACAUACUUUUUGAAGACUAGUGUGUGUGUGUGUGUUUUUUUUUAACAAACUGAGGCCUUUUUGUUAUCUUUCCUAAAGCUUAUAACUUGCUUGGACGACCAUAAUCAAACAACACGGCUUGUAACAUGUAAAGCUCUUCAAAGAUUACUGGUAUCCUGCAAAGACACUUUUAAUGGUAAUGUGUUUCUUUUCUCAGUUACGCUAGUUAUGUGGCAGAAUGACUGAACAAGGGUAGUGUCACCGUAAUUUAGUGCUACUUGUUGAUAGCAACGCAAUUUCCUUAAGAGUGACCUGGUCUUAGUGCAAGUUACUUUAGAAGGCUGAUGUGGCUAAUCAAAACUGUUCAAGUGUCUUUGCUCAUAAGUGGGGGGGGGGGGNGAUUUUGUCAUUGAAGGGAAUGGCAGGAUCUGAUUGGGUGGAAAUAGUAUUAGCCAAUCAAACAGAUAUUGCGAGGUUUAAUUCCACUAUAGGUGAGAUACUGUGGGACUAGCACCGUCUAGUACGUCUAAUUCUAGUUGACGUAAAGUUUACUUUGUCCCUUCUGUCUAUUUUCAGUGGAUAUGCUUCACCAAAUCUACCCAGAGUUACUGAAAAGAAUGGAUGAUAGUAGUGAUGAAAUUAGGGUCGUUGUCACCAAAACCUUUCUUGCUUAUUUUAGGUGAGGAUUAUAAACUGUUAGUCAAGUACCUUUAUAGAUGUGGUUCAAUUUUGUCCUUGGUUCUGAUUUCAUUUUCCUUCGUUUUAAACUCAUCAAACAUUACCAUAUCCAAAAGCAAAGGAAUAUAAAAUUUGAUCUAAGGAAAAAAUUGAGCCACAACAUAAACGCUCUAAUAUUUGAUAGACUAACUAAAAAAGAGGAGUGUUUCAGCCAUUAUCUCGACCGGUUCUGAGAAGCAGAAUGAAAAGACUAGGCGCGGCCAAGUUGAGCGAUUUUCGUCCUUUAAAAGAUUGAUUUCAGAAAAUGUUCGAUACUUGUUUUCGGCCAAAGAGACCUACAAUCCUCGCCAAAAAUCCUUGAAACACCCAUGCACUUCCCUUUCCCUCUGCAAUAUUGAGAUGUGAUUGCAACGUUUCAGGGCUACAAAAACAUUAGAAAAGGGAAAGGAAAGGGAGAGAAAUUUCCCAAAGUUUUUCAAGGUUUUUGUCUGCCAUAGUGGUUCGAGGUUUUUGUCUAAGAUUGUAGCUAUAAGGUGGAAACAGUAUUGUGCGAUUGACCAAAAUAAAGAUUUUAUGCUUGGAGAACCACACUGAUCAUUAUAACGAGAUGCGGGGUCUUUGUUCUUCACCUUUACAGAGAUUUUGCCCUUUUAUUGGAAUAGUACAUCACGCACAAUAAGGAGCUCGACCUCGUAAGGCUUUUGCCAUUGACACACGGGUUUCUAAAGCUAAGUAGGUAAAGCCGCCAUUUUUCCGCGUGGACUAUCAUAUCCUGAGCCUGUGUUAACUCCUCAGACUACUUUCGACUCGAUUUAAUUUUGUAUGCCAUUUGGGUUCUGAAAUGCCCCAUUGACCUUUCAGCGCUUGUGAAAGACAUGCACUCGAAUGUAUGGUUCAUUGUAAUGCAGAAUAAUUUGUCGUUUUAUGGUUACUGUGUAUUUCAUUUCCUGCCAGAGCGUUUCCUUCAAAGUACGACCACGACUUGUACAAGUUACAUUUGGAAGCCAUGUUUAAAGGUCUUCUAGUUCAUCUUGAUGACCCAACAUCUUCUAUACAGGUAAAAUUACUCUUGCUCAUCUGA